UAAAAACCCGUCGUCAAGUUGAGGAAGUUGUCAACUUGUCAUUUAGUCUCGCGAGUAACAAUUGAGCGAAAUGUUAUUACUCCGGUUGAUAAUAUUGGUGCCACUGGUCCAAGUGGCACCAUUUAUGAUGCCAAGUUUGAGUGAUCUGUGGAAACUGGCAAAGUUUGGCUACCAAGUAGGAAGCAAAAUUAAAGCAGGCUAUGAUGCGUACGAAUCAUUUAUGGACGAUACCAGCGAGAAAAUAGACCAGAUAUUGGCGCAGGUAGCUGAAAUAUCGACCAAAAUUGAUGGUUUCGAAUCGAGAUUGGAUCAGAGAUUGGAUGUCAUAGUGGAAAGUCUCGUUUCCAGAAUUACACUUAUUCAGAAACUUGAUACAACUUUCAUGGAGUUGCACAAGAUUAUUGUAGGCAUUGAUCACAUGUGGGACAACUACCUCAAGUAUUCGAAAGAUCGUAAGAGUUUCAACGCCGAGACCUUGAAAGACUUUAUCCGGACGACGACCGGAGAGCAGGCACUCGGUUUACAGACCUUGCUUAGCCAAAUGCAUCGAUUGAUUGUUCCGCUAAGGACAUCACAUAUCCGUGAUAGUUUGUUUCUUACAAUGUUGAAGAACGAAAGGGAGAAUGAGAUGCUGACCUGCGAUGAAGGAAACUCACAUCAACAAGUAAUUUAUCAAAUUUAUUACACUGUUGCCCUUACUGAAUUACGAGGAUUUAUUAUGGCUGCUUGGUCAUAUGGACUGCGGCCACUCUACGAAAAAGGAAAGUACAAGGCAGAAGUUACCGAAAUUGAGGCAGGAUUCACCAUGAGGACACGAGACUUCUUAUUGGCCACAAAAGAAGCAAUGAAACUAGCUUCGAACGCUAUCCGUCGCUGUGAUCCUAAGGGCGGAUUUAAAAAAGGAAUAAGUUAUGCUGAGUUCGAUGAACUAUUCCAGACAUACGUUGUUAAUGAAGCAGAUAUUAGUGACAAAAAUUCGUGUAGCAAAACCUGCGAGACCCUAGGCCCAAUGACCUAUGAAAGGAAAAUCGAUAGUUAUCGCAACUAUAGGCCUUGUUGGGGUACUGUCACUGAUUGCAGAAAGGGUGGAGGAAAAAUGACAAUUUGUGACACG